GUCGGUUUGCGACCAUCGGCGCGUGUAGAUCAAUGAUAGAGGAACGACGACAUUGAGUGACGGUUCUUUAAUUUUUAUUAAAUGGCGCCAACUGUUUGUGUAGCAGAAUUUCCGGUUGUUAGAACUACAGUUAACACAUAUGUUCGCCGGCGACGAAGAUCUCAAAACAGAAUAAACAUCACUAAACGACAAACAUUUCCGCUGGAACAGAUGCUGCAAAUUGGGACCAUCAUCGAAACAUCCCUAACAUCUCGUGAAAAUUGUUUACGGAAAUUAAAAUAUAUGAAUAUGAUUCCAAACUGUUCUAUUCCAGAUAAAAAUACGAAACAUGCAACAAAUACGAAUGAAUAUUGUAAAAAACUCCUCAUGCCAAAAAAAGAUCUUUUGAGUAUUAUCAUACACACGAUAAUUCUCAUUCAACGCAAUCGUAUCCUUCAAAGACGUUUAAACGCAUUACAAGCGGAGACACGAAGAUUUCUCCAUUCUGUAUUGAAGAAUCCGCAAAAUCAGAAUCAAGAACGAAGAUUGCAAAUUCUGCAUCCGACAUAUUCUGAGGAUGAGAUUAUCUAGUUUACUACAAAGAAAGUUUCAACGUUAUCACCUCCAUUUGGCUUCGAUUCGAGCAAAAACUUGUUUCGUGGAAUUAUUUUUGCUUACAAUAAUCAUAAUCAUACUAAUGCUGAACUGAAUUUGAUUAAUCUUCAGAUUCAAGCAGAAGCAAAAGUUAGGUUAGUUAAGUUUUAAAAUCUGAAGCUAAUAAUUUCUCAGAAGUCACAAUUUUGAAAAAAUCUAA